AUGACAAAGGAAAAACUUUAUAUCUGGAGUGGAAAAACUCCUUUUGCAACAGAUCAAACCAUGUACAUAUUUGACACAUUUGACGCAAUAUGGAGCCGAACGUCUUAUGUUCCUGUACAAAGAUAUUUUUAUUCUGUGACUUUUAUGGAUGGAAAAAUUUACUAUAUUGGUGGCGUUUUUGGAAAUGUCGAUAUACGCGAGAUUUUGAUAUAUGAUACUCUCAAUACAAAUAAUCCAUGGACUAUAAGAAAAGCGACAACUAAUGGAUAUAUAAAUAACCAUUAUCUCCACUCGGCCGUUCUAGCUUCGACAAUCAAAGCGUAA